AUGGCCUGGGGCCGCAGCCAGAACCAGUCCGCGCAGGCGCCCUUCAUCCUGCUGGGCUUCCCGGGGCCGCUGGGGCUGCACGUGGGGCUCUUUGCCCUCUUCCUGCUCAUGUACGUGCUGGCGGUGGCGGGCAACCUGGCCAUCAUCGGCCUGGUCGGGGCGCACCCGCGCCUCCGGACGCCCAUGUACUUCUUCCUCUGCCACCUGGCCUUCCUGGAGGUCUGGUUCACCACGGCUUGCGUGCCCAAGGCCCUGGCCACGCUCGCCUCCCGGCGCGGAGCCAUCUCCCCGGCCGGCUGCGCGGCGCAGAUGUACUUCGUGUUCUCGCUGGGCUGCACGGAGUACUUCCUGCUGGCCGCGAUGGCCUACGACCGCUACCUGGCCAUCUGCCGGCCGCUGCGCUACGGCAGCAUCAUGACGCCCGGCCUGUGUGCCCGCCUGGCGCUCGGCUGCUGGCUGUGCGGCUUCUCGGCCAUCGCCGUGCCCGCCGCCCUCAUCGCCCGCCUCUCCUUCUGCGGCGCCCGCGUCAUCAACCACUUCUUCUGCGACAUCGCGCCCUGGAUCGCGCUGUCCUGCAGCGACACGCGCGUGGUGGAGCUGGCGUCCUUCGGCAUCGCCUUCUGCGUCAUCCUGGGCUCCUGCUCCGUCACGCUGCUGUCCUACGCCUGCAUCAUCGCCACCGUCGUCAGGAUCCCGGCCGGCGAGGGGCGGCGCAGGGCCUUUUCCACCUGCUCCUCCCACCUCACGGUGGUCCUCGUCUGGUACGGCUCCACCAUCUUCCUGCACGUGAGGACGUCGGCGGAGAGCUCGCUGGACCUCACCAAGGCCGUCACCGUGCUCAACACCGCUGUGACCCCGGUGCUGAACCCCUUCAUUUACACCCUGAGGAACAGGGAGGUCAGGGAGGCCCUGUGGGGCUGGGUGCAGGGCAAGUGA